AUGGGGCCAGGGUGGAGCGCGCUGGUCCCAACCCUGGCCUUGCUGUCCUCAGUGCCGUCUGUCCCUGUGAGCAGCUCGAAGCAAGGCCAUCUCAGAGGAAGCCGGCCGGCUGACCGCCUUGGCCGUGACCCACUGACCCCCGGAAGGCCCUGGAUCCCGAAGGCCCAGGAGCCGGCCGAGGGCAUUUCCCACGACCGGGCACGGAGCCCCCGGGAAGCUCCCAUUACACCCGCGAGCUUCCGGAGCAGCAGUGGCCCCGGCCGCCGUCGCCAACCGCCUUGUGCAGCUGGGGGAGCGAGUGGUGCCUCCUGCGAGCUGCUGCAGUGCACGUGUCCUGCCGGCCCCUGCAGCCUGGUGGUAGAGACCCCCUCCUGUGCCACGGGACUGCUGUGCUUUGCAGAGGACGUGGCCCCAGAUCUGCUUGCCGGGACUGAUGUCACACCGGCCACUGUCACCACGGGGGCCCCCAUCACGGCGGCCGCAUCUGCUCAGACCAGCAUCCUGAUGUCACGGCCUGCCCUGUUGCCCAGCAGCUCCCAUAGCCUGGCUCCUGGACCUCGCCACCCCCACGGCCUCUCCACGUCCCAGCCUGGCUACCGGCUGCUCUGUCCCUUCCCUCAGUGUCGUCCUGGACCCAUCCCAGUUCAAGGUCCUGCUGACGUGCGUCCUGUCACCCGUCGCUUACGGGCUGACCCUUGGGUACCUCUGAGUCUGGGGUUCCGGGUUCAGAUGGCUCCCGAAGGGGUUCUGUGUCUGCGGAUGGAUUUCGGGGACAGUUCCGGGGUCCAAGUGAGGAUGCACUGCGUGUCUGAGGAAGUGGCCGUCACCGUCUACCACCGGUACAGGAAAGAAGGCGUCCACGUGCUCAGGGCAGCUCUUCAUAACGAGCGACGUGGAACCGAGCUGGAGCUGGGGCCCUACUAUGUGCACGUGGGCCGAGCAGCUGCAGCCGUGUUCGUGAACUCCAGCAGCAUCCACGAUGGGGAAGUGUUGGCCUUUGGCGGCUCGCAGGCAGAUGGCCAAGGCACUGUCCUCACACACCAUUUUCCAUCCGAUUCCUGCUACAACGUGUCCUUUACCUCCCGCAACCUCGUGGGUGACGGCCAGGCCUGGGCCAGCGUGACCGUUCGGUACCAGCUGCAGCCCGUGUUUGUCUACACAAACGGGACGGUGUUUGCCACCGACACCGACAUCGCUUUUGUAGCUGUUACCAAGGAAACCAGUGCCCUGGAGUUUGCGUGGUACUUUGGAGGAGAGCCACCCUUGAAGACGACUUCCAGAAGCAUCAGGAGGAGACUCGGCGUCCCCCAGUGGUACCGCGUGGUGGUCCAGGCUUCCAACGGGAUGAGCAGCGUGGUCUCAGAGCCCCACCACAUCUGGGUGCAGCGGAGGGUCGUCCCCAGCCGGCUGACGGCCACCUCCUCGGCCCUGGUGAACACCACUGUGACCUUUCAGUGCAGACUCAACUUCGGCAGUGAUGUCACUUACCUGUGGGACUUUGGGGACGGCGCAGUGGGCCUGGCAGGCAGCUCCGCCAGCCACGUCUACCAUAGGGAAGGGGAGUUCACGGUGGAGGUCCUGGCCUUCAACAACGUCAGCGCCGCCUCCCUAAAAAAGCACCUUUUCAUCGUGCAGGAGCCCUGCCAGCCGCCCCCGGUGAAGAACAUGGGGCCCGGAAAGGUGCAGGUGUGGCGAUCUCAGCCUGUAACGCUGGCAGUGACCUUUGAAGCCGCCAUUCUCUGUGACAUCUCCCGAGGCCUGUCCUACACCUGGAGCCUCCAGGACUGUGCAGGGCUGCGGGUACCCCUGCCUCCUGCCGUCAGCACUCACAGGCGGACCAUCACUGUCCCAGCCUACUUCCUGGAGCCCGGGAACUACACUGCACUGGCCAAGGUGCAGGUAGAAGGCAGCGUCGUGUACAGUAACCACUGCGUGGGGGUGGAGGUGCGAGCCAGGGACCCCGUCAGCGUGAUCUCCGAGGGCACGCACCUGCUCGUCCCCAGGACGCCGUCAUCCAUCGUCGUGCUCACGGGGUCCCUGUCCUACGACCCCGACAGGCCUGGGGCCACUCUCAGGUACUACUGGACGUGCACCCCAGCUGGCAGCCCCAGGGGCCCCUGCUUCACUGGGCUCUCUCCACACAGCCUGGACGUCGGGGCCCCAAUCCUCUCCUUCGCAGCGCUCUCUCUCAGUGGCAGCUAUGACCAGUUUCUCGUGACGCUGACAGUUUCCAGCGACGGCCGGAACUCUUCAGAGGCGCAGGUGUUUUUGUCCACCCGCCCUGACUCAUCGCUCAGAUUCGUCCACAUCUCCUGGGUCCACUUCAGAGACGUCUUUGUGAACUGGAACGAGGAGCUUUCUCUUCGCGCCGAGUGUGCAGGCUGUGGGGACGCAGUGGGUCCCUCUUACUCCUGGGAUCUCUUCUUAGUCAACGCAACAGAAAAGAACAGUGUGGAAGUUCCCUUUUGUAGGACCAUGGGGCUGCUGGGCUCCUCUAGUCUUGGGGCCGUUUUGGGGUCAUCAGAGUCUGCUGCACUGCCCCCGGGGCCAAACAGGGCACUUCCCCAUGUCACGUCCACGCCAUCCUCAAGGGAGCCGUGGCCACAGACCCGCGGCUGGCCUGACCUUCCCACCGCGGCGAGAACCUCCGUGGAAUCCACAGCCACUCUGCACCGCACCCCCACUCCUGGUGACACCGCAGGCCCAGGGCCCAGCCCCUCAGGGGGCAGCCCAGCUUCUGAGGCCCCAGACUUUGAAGCCUAUUACAGCGACUUCCAAGAAGCAGCACCGUCCACAGGAAGGAGACCAGGGACCAACACCCACCUUCGGGAAUCCGGAGCCAGUGCCAGUGCUGACGGGAGCCCCGGGGAUGGGGACAACCUGCUGGGCCCCCUCGUCCCCGUUGCUGGCGCCAGGCCUGCACUGCUGGUCGACUGGCCCAAGGCCCUGGUGGGCCGAGCUGUUUUCCAGGGCUACACGACGUCUGGGGUCACAGGACAGAUAGUGACAAUCAAGCCGUACUCACUGCGCCCUGGAGAGACGUACGUCCUGCAAGCCUCUGUGGCUUCAAAGCAGGGCUUUCUAGGGAAGGCUCAGCUGUACUUGGCCGUCAAUCCCACUCCACGAGGCAUGGCCUGCCAGGUGCUGCCCCCCCGUGGCCUCGAGGCACUCACCAUCUUCAGUGUCUUCUGCUCCUCUGGGGGACAGGAUUUCCGCUAUGAGUUUAGUUACCAGACAGGAAACGCCCCCAAACGCACUUUGUACCGCGGGACAGAUGCCCAGUAUUACUUUGUGCUGCCGGCCGGGGACCCCUUGGACGGUUAUCAGGUCCUGGUGUCCACUGAGAUCACAGACGGCAAAGGCUCCCAGGUGCAGCCGUGUGCUGUGGCCGUGACCGUGCUGCCACGUUUCCAUGGGAACCGCUGCCCGGACGAUGACAUAUAUAAUUCCAGCCUGAAAAGCCUGUCUACCCUCCAGCUGAUGGGGAGUUACACCGAAAUGAGGAACUAUGUCUCCGUGCUCACUGCGGUGCUGAGUCGUUGGGCUAAGGAGGACGCAAGUCCCUCAUGUGGCCAGUGGUCACGAAUACAGGACGCAUUCAUUUCUUCAGUCUGCAGACUAGCUUUCCACGACCAGGAAGAAGUGAUGGGCUCUGUCCUUCUGUUGCGGGACCUCACAGGCUUCCCUAACCAGCUAAGCCUCGCGAGCGCAGCUCUCAUCCUCAAGCACAUCCGAACGCUGCUGGCCCCCAGCCCGCUCUCGGCGGCGUUUGUGGCGGACAGGGGACGGGCGCGUGAGCUCGUCCUUCUCGUGUCCGGGGUCUUGGAGGUGGCCGCCCGAGAACCACCCAGGAAAGCGGACCACCUGCGUGUGGAAGGGAUUCAGGCCAUCUCGGACGUAUUGUUGGGCCACCUGUUCUUGGGCACCGAGCGCCAGCUCCACGUCCGUGCCGGGCCCAUGGAGUUCAGCACGAGGCUGCACGCUGCCCCCCAGAACAUCCUGCAGAGCCUGGGCUCUGUGCAGGUGCUCCUGCCUGCCGACCUGGCCGGGCCAUGUCCCGCUGGGCUGCAGACACAGAUCCCGUGCUACGUCAGCCAGCUCAUGCUCUCCAGGAACGGCCCCUCCCCCUGGGGACGCGUCCCUGACCAGGUGGGUGUCACGGUUACCCUGUCCCUGUACCGCUGCUCCAGCAGAAGGCCCAUCCGCAGACAGUGGCUGAGAACGCCUGUGACCGUGGAGUUUGGGGAGGAAGCUGGCCCGGGUAGCAGGAGAAAUCGAGCAGUGUCUGUGUUGCUUCGGGACAGAGUGAAUUUUCAUCAGUUCUUCGGGCGUUCUGAGAGCCCCCAGGACUCUCUGCAGAUCAGGAUAGAAUUUUCCAGGCCUGUGUCGAGAGCUUUCCCGGUCAUGUUGCUGGUGAGGUUCUCUGAGAAGCCUACUCCUUCUGAUUUUCUUGUGAAACAGAUUUUCUCCUGGGACACACACAUCAUCCACAUUUCUAUCCCUGCGGCUUCACUGCAAGACAGCACGUUGGGGUAUCUGUCCUUAUUCGAUGCCGACCAUGACAGGAAACCCCGGAACAAAUAUCUGGCCGAGGCAGUGAACUACAGUGUGCAUUUCCAGUGGGUGCGCUGCCUGUUUUGGGACACGGGAGAGUGGAAAUCUGGAAGUUUCUCUCCGCAGCCAGGAACGUCUCCAGAAAAAGUGAGCUGUAGCUAUGACCGCCUCGGCACGUUCUCUGUCGCGAGAAGAAACCUGAACGCCAGCUUUGAAAUGUGUGACAUUUCCAAGUUACAGCAACAGCCAGAAAACCUGCUUCCCAGUAUUUUUAUUACAGUUUUUACGAUUCUUUAUGCACUUUUGGUUAAUAAAAGCAGACAUGUAGAUCGUCGUGAAAGAAAGAAAGCUGGUUACAUUUUUUUGGAAGAAAACGCCCUGCCCGGCCACCAACUGUACGCGGUCGUUGUGGACACUGGCUUUCGGGCUCCGGCCCGCUUUACCGCCAAGGUGUACGUUGUUUUAUGUGGUGAAAAUGGACAUUCAGAACCCAAGGAGCUCUACUGUCCAGAGAAGCCCCUGUUCGAAAGGAACUCCAGACACACGUUUGUCCUGAGUGUCCCCGCCCCACUGGGCCCACUCCGGACAGUCCGCCUGUGGCACAACAACUGUGGGCCUUCUCCCGCUUGGUACGUCAGCCACGUGAUGGUGAAAGAGCUGCUCACGGGAUGCGGACACAGCUGGUUCUUCCCCGCCGAGUGCUGGCUGGCGGCGGGCAGGCGGGACGGCCGCGUGGAACGGGAGUUGGCCUGCCUGUGCCGGGGGCCCGGCUUCUGGAAGCUCCUGUACUCCAAGUUCACAGAGUACCUGGAGGACUUCCACGUGUGGGCCUCUGUGCACAGCCGGCCCUCCGGCAGGGGCCCCCUGCACACGCCGCGCCUGAGUGUCGCCUUCACCCUGCUGUGCGCCCACGCGUGUGUUGCUGCCCUGGUCAUUGCCGCCGGACACGAGCAGCUCCCCGUGGGCGCCGGCCCCACUGGCGUCCCUCUCGGGUCCUUGAGGACGGCUUUCCUGUGCUCCCUCCUGCUUUCUUCUGGGGCACAGCUCCUGUCGCUCCUCUUCAGGCUCAGCGAGGAAGCCAGCGGGCCACCCCGACUGGAGCCCUGCCAGCCCCUGAGAGAAGCGCCGACAGAGGCAGCUGAGAAGUCCGUCCCCAGCCUGAGGCCCGAUGAGGGUGGCCGGGCCCUGCCCUGUCCCGAGAGGCCCGCAGACACAUCCCUACGAAGGGCACAGCAAAACCCGUCGGCCAUCCUCCCCGGGAGUGCCGAGGCCAGCGGCGGUGGUGCAGGCCGUCUGCCCCCUGAGCGGGAGGCCUGCGGGGCUGACCUUGGCCCGCAGGCACCGAGGGAGAAGAGUGACUGCUGUGCUCUCGCCCCCAGCGGAGAGUUUGAAGGACUUGCCACUCCCUGGUGGCCAAGAGCGCCUCUGCCAUGGGUGGGCUCUGCAGCGUGGGCCGUUUGCGGGAUGGUGUCCGUGGCCUGUGGCUUGGGGACAGGAUUUCUAGGAUACAGGUUCGGCCCGCCGCAGUCUGUGCAGUGGCUGUGUCUGCUGACCCUCUCCGUGGCCUGCUGCGUCUUCGUCACCCAGCCACUUACGAUUGGCCUCGUGGCUCUGGGCGUCGCUUGGAAAAGGAAAGAUGACGAGCACUUCUUCAUCACAUGUUUGUGUGAAGCCACCAAGGACCUGGACGCUGAGCUGGAAGGACGCCGCAGGACCGGCAUGCCCCUUUCUUCCAGCUGCAGCAUGUCUGGCGGGGCCGGCAGACCUGAGAAAGCCCUGGCUGCACGUCAGCAAGCUCGCCGCCUACGCUGGGCACGGCCACCAACUCCUGCCCAACUCAGGGCCACCCGGAAGAGGAUGAGACGGGAGGUGCGCACGCAGGUGGUGCUCAGAGACGUCGCCAUGUGCACCCUCAUGCUGCUCCUGCAUCUGUUUGUAACACAUGGGAAAUUCUCCCAGCAUGAGUGCUCCCUCAACCAAGCCAUUCGGGACACGUUUACAAGAAGUGCCAGGAGCUCCUUCGGUGGCCUGGGUGGCGUGGAUGCCUGGUGGGCUUGGAGCCUGACCACGCUGCUGGAUGGCCUGUACCAGCACGGCCCCUCCUCAGCCAGCAUGCCGGCUGCUCAGCCUGGAGUCCUUGCAGGGCAGUGUUACCUACUGGGCACUGUGGUCAUUAAGCAGCAGAAGGACCCUGCUGGUGGUUCACGUGAGCUUCCGAGGCCAUUUUCAGUGCUUACUGAAGACCCUCAUCCUACGUGUUGCUCCAAAGUCAGAGGCCCCGAAACCUCCUCUAUGACAGACUCAGAGAUGCAAAGAGUGGCCCCGGGUAGCCCCGGGGGCUGCAGGGAGGACUGUGAGCUGAGCCUGGGCAGGACAAGACUCGCAGCCCAGGCCGCCCUAACCAGCCUCAGGGCCCGCCGGUGGGUCGACGGCAGCACCAGGGCCGUGUCCGUGCACUUCACCCUCUACAACCCUCCAACCCUCCUCUUCUCCUGCGUGACCCUGAGUGCCGAGAUGCGCCCCACUGGAGGCCUCACCCUGUCCUCCCUGGUGGAGUCGGUCGUCGUCUUCCACAGCGACCCAGCCCCGAGGUUCCACUUCAUACUCCCCGAGCUCGUCUUCCUGGUGCUCACACUGACCCACCUGUGUUUCCAGCUCUACCGCAUGGCUGACGGGGGUGUCCACCGCUACUGCCAAAAACCGGGCAACUGGCUAGAGCUGACCAUCGCUGGAACGGGCCUCGCCUGCUGUGCAGCCUCCAGCCACCUGCUCUCUCUUGCUGGGGAGCUGACCGACCAGUUCCGCAAAGGACUUUUCCUGGAGUUUAUGGACCUCAGUCACAUGGCAUCAUGGACUCAGGGCACGAGGUGGCUCCAGGGGACUCUCUCCUUCCUCCUGACCCUGAAGUGCCUUCAUCUUCUUGGCUUUGGAAACCUGAUGGCAUCCUGCUCCUUCAUGCCACGUCCCUCGCUGUCCAGCAUCUUCGCUCCAGGGCUGGCAGGCGUCCUGGUGCUGGCCGCCCAUGCCCACCUGCGAAGUCUGUUCCUCACCCUGGCUCCACCACCUGGCACCUUCUCAGCCACCUUCCGCCGGCUGCUGGUUCAUUUUCCAGGAAGCAACCAAAGAGCCAUGUUCCUCGGCCUUUCCGAGUCUGACCAGCGGGCCACAGUUUGGUGCUACGCGGCCCUUCUGACAACACUGAGUGCUCUGGGGUUCGGGAUGUUGAGAGGCUCCCUCAUGACUUUUGCCCGAAAAAGAAAAUCUUUUCAAAGCAAAUCUCUCGUGAGACUUAAAGAUGUGACUGCGUACCUUUGGGGCAAGGCCCGCAACUUGCUGAGGCUCGAAAGGCCAAAGCUGGAGGAGACCGAGCUGGCUGAGAAUCACAAUUAUUACCUGGAAGAAUUUGCAGAUCUGUUAGAUGAACUUCUGCUGAAGAUCAAUAGUUUGUCCGACAACCCUGAGCCCCCUCUUCCAGAACAACAGUCCUGUGGUGUGGUUGAGGCCAUGGCAGAAGAUUGUUCCUUCAUGGGGGCUUCUGCUGACCAAGCCACCGGGGGCACCUGUUCUGGCAGCGAAGGUGAGAAGCCAGUGCACAGCUUCAGGAGGCGGCUGGAUGGGACACAGGACGAACCCCAGAACAGCAGGAUGGCAGGCUGUCCCCUGGGCCACAGUGCGUCUGGCGCAGGGUUCAGGAAACCUGCACCCCCAGGCCCCUCGCAAUGCAAUGGGACACACGACUACUGGGGUCCUGAGCUGUAA